AUGUCACCUCUCUCUGUUCCCAAGAUAUUCAUGGCUGGCGGUGCCGUCGGCUUCGGCUACUACCUCUUCAUGCGCCAAUACUGGUUCCCCAACCCGUAUAAAACACAGGGUGUCCAGAACAUUGAGGACCGUUUCUCAUCUGGUGGAGGCCACCCUACACACACACCUGCUGGGGGCAGCCAGCGCGGCUCUGCGACAGCGAACGAGGGAAAGCACGAUGGACCAAGCAAGGGUCCUGACUCAGAGCACUUCAAGAAGAACAUUAGCGACCAACAGAGCGAGCCUGUCUGGCCGGGAAAAUUCAACGAGAUGCAAUACAACAACCCCAAGGGCAAAUGA